AUCAAGUCAACCAAUCAAGAAUGCAUCCAAUUCUAUGUUGUUUCGUUUGCUGAUAAGAUAAUACCAGGGCAUAGAUAUAGUCUCCUUCCUUUUUUAAACUGAAAGAUCAUUCAUAGGUUGAACAUCGAUCACCGAUGCGACAUGGCUGAUUGCGCUCGUGUUGGGGCUGGUGUUGGCGGAGGUGCCGACAAUACCGGUGCAUGUCACGGGAAAAAGCGGCCAGCAAAGGACGACCCGGAUGGUGACCAACCUCUUGCCAAAAGACUCAGCCGUUUACACUUAGAUCCUACAAACCAGAAAGUUUCCAAUCAGAAUGACGCUGCUCUUCCGCCCUCUCAGUCAAGACCGACCGAUAUGAUGAUGCUAGAUGAUACAGAGCACACCGUCUACAUCCAUGACUUGGACCGUGAAUUGGCAGAGAUCGAGUCGUCUGAGGACCCCUCUAUCUUUCUUCCAGGCCUCGGGGAAAAGUUAGCAGUAUUCCCAAAGUCGCUCGUUGCCCAGAGCAAUCCAAAGUGCCAGGCACUGGUGCUUUAUCAACAACCUACAUCACCGUCAAUGCCAAGGGACAAGGGCAAUGCCGGGAAGGCCUUGGCCGAAACUCGAGAGCGAGCACGCAGUCUAUAUAACGCUUCAUCUCUGGAUGAGUCACAACAAGCUCACUUGAGCCAUCGACAAUGUGAGCAGGAGGGUAUGGAUGUGGAUGAUGAUCCUUAGCAAUGUAUAAAUAUGGUGAGGUGUUGAAUAUAUAGUUAUUAAUGUAUAAUGCCCACAAUUCCUUCAAAUUACUCUUGACAAUCUGUUAUGAGGGGUUUGAAACUUGGCAUGUUUGAAG